AUGACCGUCUUUACUCAAGCGGCUGGCUUUCAUCUAGCCGACGGCAAAGGGUAUACCCUGGGCCACGAUUCCCUGGCCAUGUGCCGCCUGAACCUGCAGAUCUUCCUGUGGAGGGCCUCACUUGGAUUCACCCUGCACCCCUCAAUCCCCCUCCCCACCACUGGGCGGAUUGCCGACCUGGCCACGGGCACGGCGCUGUGGUUGACGGAGUUGGCGCAGACCCUGCCCGCCGACGCCGACGUGCAGCUGGACGGGCUGGACCUGGACCUGCGCAAAGCACCGCCCCACCCUUGGCUGCCGGCCAACGUGCACCUGCACCACGCCGACAUUCUGGCCCCAUUGCCGGAUCCUCUGGUCGGGCAGUACGAGGUGGUACACCUCCGGCUGCUCAUCCUAGUGGUGGAGAACAGCGACCCCACCCCGAUCAUCCGCUACGCCCACCGCAUGCUCAAACCAGGCGGUUACAUCCAGUGGGACGAUCUCAACUACCCGGACACCCACGUCACUCGUAUCGAUCCAACGUCUCCUACGCCCGCUUUCGACCGCCUGCGCGAGUUCGUCUAUUCCAAGGGCCGCCAUGACUGGGUUAUGCGCCUGGACAAGAUCCUCACCCGCGAGGGCUUCGUUGACGCCUGCAUGCACCACUUCACUGACCGCAGGGACUUGAUCAUGGCCAACGGCCACCAACAUCUGAUGACCAUGCUGGAGUUUGCUGAGACCCUCCGGGCUAAGGGUUUGGAGCUGGAGGCCCGUGAUUUGGACGUGCUUUUGGCCGAGGUCAGCACCGAGGCUGCCCGGGGCGCUGCUCUCUCGAUGCCUCGUGUGGUCUGUGUCGCACGCAAGCCAUAA